AUGCCGUCAAAGAAGAAGGGAGGGGCCAACGAUUCCGAAAAGGCGGAGCUUCUGCGCCAAGCGGAGCUGCGGAAACUCGCCGAGGAGCAGGAGCGUCUGCGCAGACUGGAGUCGGAGGCACGUCAGCGGCUGGAGGAGGAGUGGAGGCGCGCUCUGGACAAUGAGCGGCAGCGGCAGAUGGACAUUCAUCGUGCCAUCACAGAGCGUGAAUUGAAGUUGGCCUUUGAGAUACGGGAGCAGGCGCUGAAUGAAGCCCUCGAGUACAAAGACCGCGAGACCCGUGAGCUCCGCGCAAAGUUGAGCGGGAUGCAGCUGGGCGUUGACAAUAUGAUGCAGGAGCGGGAGUCUGCCUUGCGACGUGUGGCAAUGCUUGGAAAUGAACUGGAGCUUGCGCAAAUGCGAAGCGUUGAGGCAGAGAAUCAGCUCGAGGAGAAGAUGCGUGUUUCUCGGGAACAACUGUGGGAUGUCGAGCGUUUACGUGAGGAGUCAGUAAACGCCUACCGCGAAUUGAAAUUGGAUUACGCGCGGCUUAAUAGGCUGCAUGAGGAACUACAAGUGCAGUUUAAUGCCUUGCAGGAGGCGCAGAACACCGAUGCCUUGGCCAUUGAUGCUAGACUCGCACACGCCCAUCCGCAGAGCACAGAUGCCGAGACGGCACUUUUACUGAAAGUUCUCAACGAAGAAGUAGAGAAAUACCGCGAGACGGCGCGUUUGCUUCAAUCUGAGCUUGAGCGAAAGGGCCGAGAUGAUGAGAAGGGGAGUGUGCUUAUCAGUCUUCUUAACUCGCAGCUUGAGGCUUCGAGGGAUGAAUGCAAACGGCUUCAUGAGGUUUCCACAGGCAGGCGGGUGGAACUAGAGGGGGUGCAGUCGCUGCUGGAUGCUGAGCGUGAGAAGACAAAGUCUCUCUACCGUGAGCUUGAUACAGCACAUGCGGAGGCGACUGUUGAGCGUAGGCAGUUUACACUGGAGAUUGGUGUACAUAAGGCGCAGGUAGGGGAACUCACAAAGAAUUUGGAAAAUGUGAGCGCGGAGCUGGCCGAGUUGAAGACACAGUUCGAUACCCACCGCGCCAGAGCUGCAGAACGUGAGCAGUAUGACUUUCAAGUGAAUGUCUCUCUCAAAGGGGAAGUGGAGCAGCUCAAGAAGGAUCUCACGAAGAUGGCAGAGGAACUACGUAUUACUGGCGAUGAUGCCUACACGAAGAAGGCGUUAUUGCGAGCUGAAAUUGAGAGUCUGAAGGUACGUUUGCAAAAAUUGCAGGAAAAUGCAGAGAAGAAUGAACGGGAGUCGUUUGAGACGAUAGCCGUUCUGCGUGCCACUAAUGAGCGGCUAAAGGAGGAGAAGGAAACGCUGGUGCGCACGACCGAGGAGAGCACGCGGAGGAUGCGUGAUGACAUGAUCGAAGUAUGUGCCGCACGUGAUGCCUUUAAGGCCCUUGCGGAUGAGUUAAAAGCACAAAAGGAGGAAGUUGAAAGGGACCUUUUUGAAAAGCUUCUCCGUAUGACGGCGAAUCAUGACCGCCUGCAUGAGGAACUGCAACAGACCGUGGUAAAAUACGCAGCUCGCGAGAAGGAGUAUGUCGAGAAUGCCAUUUUUCUCAACGCAGAGAAGGAGACAUUAAAAACAAAGGUGGAAGAAUUGAGUGAAAAGCUUGCGCGGCGGGCCCAGGAGCACGCCUGCCAUGUACAGAGCAUCAGCGAGGAACUCAACUCACUGAAGUUAAAGUCGGAGACGCAAAUAAAAGCACAUAAGAGUGCUCGGUUAGCGGAGGAGGAACGUGCUAGCAGGGCUGAGGCGGAGGUGCAAUCACUGAAGCAGCAGGAGAAGAGGAUGGAGCGGCAGAUGGCGAUGAAGCAAAGUGAGCGGGAAGGGGCGGAGCGGGCAAUGAAGGGUGAGAUCCGUGUACUUCAGCAGGAGCUCAAUGCGGCAAAGCGCACAAUUGAACGGUUUGAGUGUGCACUCGGGGACACCUCAUACAAGUCAUUAUGUGAGGCAAAUGAACGGAUGCGGCGGGACUUGGAGCAACAGCGUGAAAAGGUGGCGGUGCUUAACGAAACGAUUGCCUCCAUGAAGGUGGAGUCAACCAUCAUGGAGACUUACAAGGAGAAAAUGCUUGCGGACCAGAACGAGCAGUACGCACGACGCAUUCAAGAACUAGAGAAGUUACGGCAAAUGAUGAACCCACUCUUUUUUGAACUACGGUCUAUCGUCGAGAGAAACGGUCUUGCAGGGGCACUGCGCCGCGAUCUUGACGCGUUUGAUGAUCAUCUGCGAAGAUCAAGUGCGACGACAGGGCAGGAGAAGCGAAAUAUCGCCUCUUCCCCUUCUUCGACUGGGAAGGCAGUCGUAGCAACGGAAACGACAGGCCCCGCUCCAUCUGCCGACGAUGGCUACCGGACGCUACCCGCCGUUGGGGAUCGAAGGGGGACGCAUGGCAGCGAUUCGGAAGGCUACCGUUUGUUCCAGCGGAAGCAAGUGUCUACAGUUCCGCAGAAGCAACAUCACCACCAACAACAACAAUCCUCCUCCACGCAUGAACUACCAACAAUCUUUUGA